CUCUUUCUCCCAGCUUCCGGUAGGGAUUGAGUACAACGAGGAUGAACACCUACGGCACGGCAGAGCUCGCCCGAGUAGCUUUGAGUUAUCCCGCGAUUGAUAACCAUGCACAUCCCCUCCUGAAGGCUGAACACCGCUCUCACCUCGAGUUUGAAGGCUUGGUAUCUGAAGCGACUGGCCAAGCCCUGACGCAAGAUGCUAUCCACACCCUUGCUUGCUUCCGUGCGACUGCGCAGCUGGGCCAAAUUCUCGGGCUGAAGGGUGAGCUGACAUGGGAGAAGGUUAAGCAGGUUCGGGACGCUUUGGACUACGACAGACUCUGCAGAGUCUUUAUGGAGGCAACAGGGAUCCAAUGCAUCUUGAUCGAUGACGGACUCGGUGGCUCCAGCCAGUACGCGGAGGACUACAAGUGGCACGACAGGUUCACCAGGAGUCCUACGAAGAGGAUUGUGCGGGUCGAGGCGCUGGCGGAGACGCUUUUGAAAGAGAUCUUCGACUCGCAACUGAAUCGUGAAGAGAUGAACCCAUAUCGAGCCUAUAUCGGUUUUAUCGAGCAAUUCUAUGAAGCAGUCAAACAGUUUGCCAACGAUCCUGAAGUUGCUGGCUUCAAGUCGGUUGCAUGCUACCGGACUGGACUGAACAUUGGCAUCGUGCAAGAAGGACAAGCUGUCGAACACUGCGUCACGAUGGUCAUGCUACGCUACGAGGCACAGCGAACACUCCGCCUCGUUGACAAGCCUCUUAACGACUACAUCGUCAACAUAACGUUGCGCGUAGCGGGCGAGUGUGGUAAACCUGUGCAAUUCCAUACCGGCCUCGGAGACAGUGACAUUACCUUGGCGCUAUCUUCACCUGCACAAAUGCAGUCUAUCAUCAAGUCUUAUCCUGAAACUAAGUUCGUUCUGCUGCAUUCGAGCUACCCCUACACGAGAGAUGCCGGCUACCUGACUGCCGUAUAUCCUAAUGUUUUCCUCGACUUCGGCGAAGUGUUCCCCUUUCUGAGCGCCGACGGACAGUGUGCCGUCGUGAAGCAAGUACUUGAACUUGCCCCGACGAACAAGAUCAUGUGGUCCACGGAUGGCCACUGGUGGCCGGAAUCGUACUAUCUGGGGACUAGACAGGCUCGAGAGGCCCUCUGGAAGGUCCUCGCCGAGUCUGUCGCGAAGCAGGACUUGACCGAAUCACAGGCUAUAGGCAUCGUGAAGGGUGCGCUGUUCGACAACGCAAAUAGGAUUUAUGAUCUCGGGUUGGCUCCUAACUGGCUGGACAAUUAACCGAAACAUGGAUAUGCACCAAUGGUUAUCAUUGAGUGCGACUGCGCGUCUGUACGCGGCGGCGAGGCCCGAACAUCGAGUGUACGACUAAAGCUAUGUAUCAUUGCGUCCAAUCAUCUGUAUUAUCGCACGUUUUUGC